UGUGGCCCAGCUGGUGGGGCCGUGGGUGGCAGCGGCCCCGGUGCGGCGUGGACAUGGGCUCCCACAUUCCGGAGGCGACUCCCAAGUACUCGGAGACAGACACCAUUGUGGGCGAGGCGUCCACGUGGGGCAGCGGCUCCUACAAGGCCUUCGACGGCCACAUCUUCUCCUUCCAGUCCUCCUGCCCCUACACCUUCUGCCGCCACUGCGUGGAGUCGGGUGGGGACUUUGAUGUGGAACUUCGGCGCAGCCCUGGCGGCGCCAUCGAGAAGACGCGGGUCACCAUUGAUGGCAACGACAUCUCCAUCCUUGGAGACCUCGUCGUGGUGAACGGGGAGAGAGUCCAGCUCCCCUACACCAACAAGCUGAUCCACAUCCGGACGCUUGGGGAGUACAAGGUCCUGAGCAGCCGCCGCGGGACCCUCACACUGAUGUGGGACAGAAACAGCAAGCUCUCGCUCACUCUGCACAAGCAGUACGAGACCUGCGGCCUCUGUGGCAGCUUCGGCAGCGCGCCAGGGAACAUCUCCGAGCACCUGGCCGCCAGCAGGAUCCCUGGGGACUGCCCGGAAGCCGUGGCCAGGACCCAUGAGGUCUGCGCGGACGGGGUGCAGCACUGUGACAAGAUGAUCCGCGACUACUUCGAGCAGUGCGGGAAGGUGGGCCCGCUGGCCCGGGACUACCAGGCGGUCUGCGUGGACGAGUACUGCCGGGCCCAGGGCCGCGCCUCCGCCUGCGCCACCUUCUCCGAGCUGUCCCGGCUGUGCGCGGCCGACGGCCCCGGCGCCUUCGAGGCCUGGCGCGAGGACCCCGAGGUGUUCUGCGAAAAGCCCCUCUGCCCCGAGGGACACGUCUACAGGGAGUGUGUGCCGGCAAACCCUGCCACCUGCUCCAACGUGGCCCCCUUCCAGGACAGCGAGUGCGUGAGUGGCUGCACCUGCCCGGAAGGUUACCUGCUGGAUGACGUUGGAGACAAGGGCGGCUGCGUGCUGAAGGCAGAGUGUCCUUGCGAGGCCGGCGGGAAGGUGUACCAGACAGGGGAUGUCCGUGAGGGGCCCUGCGGCUCCCAGUGCACCUGCCAGGAAGCCAAGUGGUCGUGCACUGAGGCACGGUGCCCCGGGAGGUGCAAGGUGGAAGGAAGCUCGCUCACCACCUUCGAUGGGGUCAAGUACAGCCACCCGGGGAACUGCCACUUCCUGGCCAUCCACGACGAGGACUGGUCCGUCACCGUGGAGCUCCGCCCAUGCCCCAGCGGCCAGUCUGGGACCUGCCUGACCAGCGUGGCGCUGCUCUUGAACUCGUCCGUUUCAGUCGACAAAUACGUAUUCAAUAAUGACGGGACCGUCACGAAUGACAACAUCAGAAAUCAAAGUUACUACUAUUCAGACAAAUUACAGAUCUUCAGAGUGUCUUCCUCGUACCUGCAAGUGGAGACACACUUCCACGUGAAGAUGCAGAUCCAGACGGUCCCCGUCAUGCAGCUCUACCUGUCCAUGCCCCCCGGCCGGUUCACGGACACAGUCGGGCUCUGCGGCUCCUACAACAACAGAGCCGAGGACGACUUCAUGUCCAGCCAGAACAUUCUGGAGAAGAUGUCCCAGGCCUUUGCUGACUCCUGGGAAAUGAUGCCCUGCCAGAGAGCAAGCCCUGCCUCCUGCAUCAGCAUAGAGAAAGAGAGGUUUGCGGAAAGGCACUGCGGGAUUCUCCUCGACACCAGGGGACCCUUCGCCUCCUGCCACCUGGUGGUGAACCCCAAGCCCUACCACGAGGAAUGCAAGCGCUUCACCUGCACGUGCGAGCGCGGCCGCGACUGCCUGUGCGCGCUCCUGGGCAACUACGUCAAGGCCUGCGCCGAGCGGGGCACGCUGCUGGCCGGCUGGCGCGACGGCCGCUGCGAGCACUCCUGUCCAAGCGGCCUCGUCUUCAAGUACAACGUCAAAGCCUGCAACAGCUCCUGCCGGUCCCUGUCGGAGAGAGACAGGAGCUGUGACGUGGAGGAUGUGCCAGUGGAUGGCUGCACCUGCCCCACCGGCACCUUCCAGAACAGCGAGGGGCGCUGCGUGCCCAAGUCCCAGUGCGACUGCUACCUGGACGGCCAGGUCCUGCAACCUGGCAGGCUCAUCCACCUCGAUGACAACAAAUGUGUCUGCCGGGACGGGCUCCUGCUUUGCCAGACACCCAUUGACUUAAUGCUGCAGAACUGCUCUGGGGGCGCCGAGUAUGUGGACUGCAGGGACCCGAAGGCGCAGAGGCGGGUGGAUAGCACCUGCAGCACCCGGAACAUCCCCACCUUUGAUGAGAACUUGCCUUGCAAGCGCGGCUGCUACUGCCCAGUCGGGAUGGUGAGGGACUCGAGGGGGAAGUGCGUCCUUCCCGAUGACUGUCCCUGCUCCUUUGGCGGCCGGGAGUACGAGCAGGGCAGCGUCACCGCGGUCGGCUGCAAUAAGUGCACCUGUGUGAAGGGCUCAUGGAACUGCACUCAGCACGAAUGUCAGAGCACCUGCCACAUCUAUGGGGAGGGCCACGUGCGGACCUUCGAUGGGCGGAGCUACAGCUUUGACGGCCUCUGCCAAUACUCGUUCCUGGAGGAUUACUGCGGAGGCGAGAACGGCACGUUCCGGAUGUUGACAGAGAGCGUCCCGUGCUGCGAGGACGGGCUCACGUGCUCGCGGAAGAUCGUUGUGGCUUUCCAGGACCAGAACGUCGUCCUGCAUGACGGCAAGGUGACGGCUGUGAGGACUGCCGAGAGCAAGGAGUGCGAGCUGCGCGCCAACGCCUACUCUGUGCACACCGUGGGCCUCUACCUGAUUGUCAAGUUCAAAAGUGGGAUGACCGUGAUCUGGGACAAAAACACGAGAGUGUCCGUGAUCCUGGACCCACACUGGCAUGGCAGAGUGUGCGGCCUCUGUGGGAACAACAACGGUGACCUCAAGGACGACUUCACCACACGGCAUUCCUCGGUGGCAGCUGGCGCAUUGGAGUUUGGGAACAGCUGGAAAACGAGCCAGGAGUGUGCGGACACAGUGGCGCAGGUGUUCCCGUGCGACUCCAACCCGUACUGCAAGGCCUGGGCCGUGCGCAAGUGUGAGAUCAUCCGGGACAGCACCUUCCGGGACUGCCACAGCAAGGUGGACCCCAGCGCCUACUACGACGCCUGCAUCGAGGAGGCCUGCGCCUGCGACAUGGAGGGCAAGUACCAGGGCUUCUGCACGUCGGUGGCCAUGUAUGCUGAGGCCUGCAGCGCUGUGGGUGUCUGCGUGACCUGGAGGCGGCCAGAUCUCUGCCCCGUGUACUGCGACUACUACAACUCCCCUGGGGAGUGCAGCUGGCACUACGCGCCGUGUGGGACAGUGACCGCCAAGACCUGCAAGGACCACGUCAUCGGCCAGAAGUUCUCUGCACUCCUGGAAGGCUGCUACGCCCAGUGCCCUGACGCUGCCCCCUACCUGGACGAGAACACCAUGAAGUGUGUGACCUUGUCUGAGUGCAGCUGCUUCUACAACGAUGUGAUCCCCGCGGGGGGUGUAGUGCAGGACGACUGUGGGAGGACGUGCUACUGCAUCGCGGGGGAGCUGGAGUGCAGUGGUGAGUGUGUCCCCUACCCCGUGGUCAGCACAGAGCUGGCCCACACCUCUCCGGCCUGUGGCAGCCAUCCUGGGGCUGGCUCAGCUCCUAUGCUGCCUGGGCCCUUGGAGUCCCCCGCAGAGGGUGGGGCCGGUGAGACUGACAGAGACAGGGUUAGGUUGAUCAACUUGAAAAUGACCUCAGGGGUUCUCUGGAACCUGACUUUCCUCUCCUUGGAACUCAUGUCUGUGUUGUUUUCUCAAAAACAGCAGCAUCCACUCAUGGAAUCACAGCGUCAGGCGCUCUUCGCCGAGCGGAUCCAGGACAACAGGGCCAUCUGCGGGAGGCUCCGGCACCACGAGGUCACCGUCAAAAGGACAGGAGACCACGGGCUCACCCGCUGGGGGGUCUGGCACGACGGGCGCUUCGGGUGCAGGGACCCGCACCACCCGGACACACGGUGGAAGUCCAGGCGCAACGGGUGCAUCUGGCGUGGAGUCCAGCAGCACCCAAGGCCACGGUGGCGCAUCGGGAGCCCCCCGGCCCUCGGGCACAGCACCUGUCGCCCAUGGGUCAUCAUCCUCCGAAGAAAGCGGGACAACAGGGUCCUUGGGUCCUGGGUCGGCCACCACUGCACCAGCUACCAUAGGUUCUGGUACUGCCGGAACCUCGGCCAAUGGUUCGGGAACGACUGGCUCUUCUCCCAGCGCAUCCAGGACGACCGGGCCAUCUGCGGGAGGCUCCGGCACCACGAGGUCACCGUCAAAAGGACCGGAGACCACGGGCUCACCCGCUGGGGGGUCUGGCACGACGGGCGCUUCGGGUGCAGAAAGCGGGACAACGGGGUCCUCGGGUCCUGGGUCGGCCACUACUGGAACUGGUGGCGAAGGGUCUGGAACUGCUGGAUCCUCUCCCAAUGGUCCGGGAACGACUGGCUCUUCUCCGAGCGGGUCCAGGACGACUGGGCCAUCUGCGGGAGGCUCCGGCACCACGAGGUCACCGUCAAAAGGACCGGAGACCACGGGCUCACCCGCUGGGGGGUCUGGCACGACGGGCGCUUCGGGUGCAGGGACCCGCACUACCCGGACACACGGUGGAAGUCCAGGCGCAACGGGUCCAUCUGGCGUGGAGUCCGGCAGCACCCAAAGCCCCAGUGGCACAUCGGGAGCCCCCCGGCCCUCGGGCACAGCACCUGUCGCCCAUGGGUCAUCAUCCUCCGAAGAAAGCGGGACAACAGGGUCCUUGGGUCCUGGGUCGGCCACCACUGCACCCGCUACCGUAGGUUCUGGUACUGCUGGAACCUCGGCCAAUGGUUCGGGAACGACUGGCUCUUCUCCCAGCGCAUCCAGGACGACCGGGCCAUCUGCGGGAGGCUCCGGCACCACGAGGUCACCGUCAAAAGGACCGGAGACCACGGGCUCACCCGCUGGGGGGUCUGGCACGACGGGCGCUUCGGGUGCAGAAAGGGGGACAACGGGGUCCUCGGGUCCUGCGUCGGCCACCACUGGACCCGGUGCCGAAAGUUCUGGAACUGCUGGAUCCUCUCCCAAUGGUCCGGGAACGACUGGCUCUUCUCCGAGCGGGUCCAGGACGACUGGGCCAUCUGCGGGAGGCUCCGGCACCACGAGGUCACCGUCAAAAGGACCGGAGACCACGGGCUCACCCGCUGGGGGGUCUGGCACGACGGGCGCUUCGGGUGCAGACUACCCACAGGCAUCACGGCGCAGGUGGGACGGGAGCCACGGCUGAUAGCCGAGAGACAACUGGACAUUCGUCCCGAGAAUCGUCGACAAGUGGCCACUCCGCUCUUCGCCGAGCGGAUCCAGGACGACAGGGCCAUCUGCGGGAGGCUCCGGCACCACGAGGUCACCGUCAAAAGGACAGGAGACCACGGGCUCACCCGCUGGGGGUUCUGGCACGACGGGCGCUUCGGGUGCAGGUUCUGGUACUGCUGGAACCUCGGCCAAUGGUCCGGGAACGACUGGCUCUUCUCCCAGCGCAUCCAGGACGACCGGGCCAUCUGCGGGAGGCUCCGGCACCACGAGGUCACCGUCAAAAGGACCGGAGACCACAGGCUCACCCGCUGGGGGAUCUGGCACGACGGGCGCUUCUGGUGCAGAAAGGGGGACUACAGGGUCCUCGGGUCCUGGUUCGGCCACCACUGGACCCAGUGCCGAAGGGUCUGGAACUGCUGGAUCCUCUCCCAGUGGUCUGGGAAUGACUGGCACUUUUCCUCGAGGAUCCAGGACGUCUGGGCCUUCUGCGGGAGACUCCGGCACCACGAGGUCACCGUCAAAAGCAUCACGGCGCAGGUGGGACGGGAGCCACGGCUGAUAGCCGAGAGACAACUGGACAUUCGUCCCGAGAAUCGUCGACAAGUGGCCACUCCGCACCCAAGGCCACGGUGGCGCAUCGGGAGCCCCCCGGCCCUCGGGCACAGCACCUGUCGCCCAUGGGUCAUCAUCCUCCGAAGAAAGCGGGACAACAGGGUCCUUGGGUCCUGGGUGGGCCACCACUGCACCCGCUACCGUAGGUUCUGGUACUGCCGGAACCUCGGCCAAUGGUUCGGGAACGACUGGCUCUUCUCCCAGCGCAUCCAGGACGACCGGGCCAUCUGCGGGAGGCUCCGGCACCACGAGGUCACCGUCAAAAGGACCGGAGACCACGGGCUCACCCGCUGGGGGGUCUGGCACGACGGGCGCUUCGGGUGCAGGUGCUGGGGCCACUGGGUCGUCCCCAAACCGCCACGGACAACUGAGUCGUCACCGAGGGAGUCGGCCACAAGCGGACAUUCCUCUCGUGAGACCGGCAAGACUACCCACAGGCAUCACGGCGCAGGUGGGACGGGAGCCACAGCUGAUAGCCGAGAGACAACUGGACAUUCGUCCCGAGAAUCGUCGACAAGUGGCCACUCCGGUGAGGGCUCUGGCACAACAGGACCUUCUGGUGUAGGGUCCCGCACCACCCGGACACACGGUGGAAGUCCAGGCGCAACAGGUGCAUCUGGCGUGGAGUCCGGCAACACCCAAGGCCCCGGUGGCGCAUCGGGAGCCCCCCGGCCCUCGGGCACAGCACCUGGCGCCCAUGGGUCAUCACCAUCCUCUGAAGAAAGCGGGACAACAGGGUCCUCGGGUCCUGGGUCGGCCACCACUGGACCUGGUGCGAAGGGUCUGGAACUGCUGGAUCCUCUCCCAAUGGUCCGGGAACGACUGGCUCUUCUCCAGCGGGUCCAGGACGACUGGGCCAUCUGCGGGAGGCUCCGGCACCACGAGGUCACCGUCAAAAGGACCGGAGACCACGGGCUCACCCGCUGGGGGGUCUGGCACGACGGGCGCUUCGGGUGCAGGGUCCCGCACCACCCGGACACACGGUGGAAGUCCAGGCGCAACGGGUGCAUCUGGCGUGGAGUCCGGCAGCACCCAAGGCCACGGUGGCGCAUCGGGAGCCCCCCGGCCCUCGGGCACAGCACCUGUCGCCCAUGGGUCAUCAUCCUCCGAAGAAAGCGGGACAACAGGGUCCUUGGGUCCUGGGUCGGCCACCACUGCACCCGCUACCGUAGGUUCUGGUACUGCUGGAACCUCGGCCAAUGGUCCGGGAACGACUGGCUCUUCUCCCAGCGCAUCCAGGACGACGGGGCCAUCUGCGGGAGGCUCCGGCACCACGAGGUCUCCGUCAAAAGAACCGGAGACCACAGGCUCACCCGCUUGGGGGUCUGGCACGACGGGCGCUUCGGGUGCAGACUACCCACAGGCAUCACGGCGCAGGUGGGACGGGAGCCACGGCUGAUAGCCGAGAGACAACUGGACAUUCGUCCCGAGAAUCGUCGACAAGUGGCCACUCCGAAAGCGGGACAACAGGGUCCUCGGGUCCUGGGUCGGCCACCACUGGACCUGGUGCCGAAGGGUCUGGAACUGCUGGAUCCUCUCCCAAUGGUCCGGGAACGACUGGCUCUUCUCCGAGCGAUCCAGGACGACUGGGCCAUCUGCGGGAGGCUCCGGCACCACGAGGUCACCGUCAAAAGGACCGGAGACCACGGGCUCACCCGCUGGGGGGUCUGGCACGACGGGCGCUUCGGGUGCAGGUUCUGGUACUGCUGGAACCUCGGCCAAUGGUCCGGGAACGACUGGCUCUUCUCCCAGCGCAUCCAGGACGACGGGGCCAUCUGGGGGAGGCUCCGGCACCACGAGGUCACCGUCAAAAGGACCGGAGACCACGGGCUCACCCGCUGGGGGGUCUGGCACCACGGGCGCUUCUGGUGCAGGUUCUGGAAGUGCUGGAACCUCGCCCAAUGGUCCGGGAACGACUGGCUCUUCUCCCAGCGCAUCCAGGACGACGGGGCCAUCUGCGGGAGGCUCCGGCACCACGAGGUCACCGUCAAAAGGACCGGAGACCACAGGCUCACCCGCUGGGGGGGUCCCGCACCACCCGGACACACGGUGGAAGUCCAGGCGCAACAGGUGCAUCCGGCGUGGAGUCCGGCAACACCGAAGGCCCCGGUGGCGCAUCGGGAGCCCCCCGGCCCUCGGGCACAGCACCUGGCGCCCAUGGGUCAUCACCAUCCUCUGAAGAAAGGGGGACAACAGGGUCCUCGGGUCCUGGUUCGGCCACCACUGGACCCAGUGCCGAAGGGUCUGGAACUGCUGGAUCCUCUCCCAAUGGUCCGGGAACGACUGGCUCUUCUCCUCGGGAUCCAGGACGACUGGGCCAUCUGCGGGAGGCUCCGGCACCACGAGGUCACCGUCAAAAGGAGGAGACCACAGGCUCACCCGCUGGGGGGUCUGGCACGACGGGCGCUUCGGGUGCAGGUGCUGGGGCCACUGGGUCGUCCCCCAAACCGCCACGGACAACUGAGUCGUCACCGAGGGAGUCGGCCACAAGCGGACAUUCCUCUCGUGAGACCGGCAAGACUACCCACAGGCAUCACGGCGCAGGUGGGACGGGAGCCACAGCUGAUAGCCGAGAGACAACUGGACAUUCGUCCCGAGAAUCGUCGACAAGUGGCCACUCCGCGCAUCCAGGACGACCGGGCCAUCUGCGGGAGGCUCCGGCACCACGAGGUCACCGUCAAAAGGACCAGAGACCACAGGCUCACCCGCUGGGGGUCUGGCACGACGGGCGCUUCUGGUGCAGGCAUCACGGCGCAGGUGGGACGGGAGCCACGGCUGAUAGCCGAGAGACAACUGGACAUUCGUCCCGAGAAUCGUCGACAAGUGGCCACUCCGUUCUGGAACUGCUGGAUCCUCUCCCAAUGGUCCGGGAACGACUGGCUCUUCUCCGAGCGGGUCCAGGACGACUGGGCCAUCUGCGGGAGGCUCCGGCACCACGAGGUCUCCGUCAAAAGAACCGGAGACCACAGGCUCACCCGCUGGGGGGUCUGGCACGACGGGCGCUUCGGGUGCAGAAAGCGGGACAACAGGGUCCUUGGGUCCUGGGUCGGCCACCACUGCACCCGCUACCGUAGGUUCUGGUACUGCCGGAACCUCGGCCAAUGGUUCGGGAACGACUGGCUCUUCUCCCAGCGCAUCCAGGACGACCGGGCCAUCUGCGGGAGGCUCCGGCACCACGAGGUCACCGUCAAAAGGACCGGAGACCACGGGCUCACCCGCUGGGGGUCUGGCACGACGGGCGCUUCGGGUGCAGGUGCUGGGGCCACUGGGUCGUCCCCCAAACCGCCACGGACAACUGAGUCGUCACCGAGGGAGUCGGCCACAAGCGGACAUUCCUCUCGUGAGACCGGCAAGACUACCCACAGGCAUCACGGCGCAGGUGGGACGGGAGCCACAGCUGAUAGCCGAGAGACAACUGGACAUUCGUCCCGAGAAUCGUCGACAAGUGGCCACUCCGGUGAGGGCUCUGGCACAACAGGACCAUCUGGUGUAGGGUCCCGCACCACCCGGACACACGGUGGAAGUCCAGGCGCAACGGGUGCAUCUGGCGUGGAGUCUGGCAACACCGAAGGCCCCGGUGGUGCAUCGGGAGCCCCCCGGCCCUCGGGCACAGCACCUGGCGCCCAUGGGUCAUCACCAUCCUCUGAAGAAAGCGGGACAACAGGGUCCUCGGGUCCUGGGUCGGCCACUACUGGAACUGGUGGCGAAGGGUCUGGAACUGCUGGAUCCUCUCCCAAUGGUCCGGGAACGACUGGCUCUUCUCUGAGCGGGUCCAGGACGACUGGGCCAUCUGCGGGAGGCUCCGGCACCACGAGGUCACCGUCAAAAGGACAGGAGACCACGGGCUCACCCGCUGGGGGGUCUGGCACGACGGGCGCUUCUGGUGCAGGUGCUGGGGCCACUGGGUCGUCCCCCAAACCGCCACGGACAACUGAGUCGUCACCGAGGGAGUCGGCCACAAGCGGACAUUCCUCUCGUGAGACCGGCAAGACUACCCACAGGCAUCACGGCGCUGGUGGGACGGGAGCCACGGCUGAUAGCCGAGAGACAACUGGACAUUCGUCCCGAGAAUCGUCGACAAGUGGCCACUCCGGUGAGGGCUCUGGCACAACAGGACCUUCUGGUGUAGGGUCCCGCACCACCCGGACACACGGUGGAAGUCCAGGCGCAACGGGUCCAUCUGGCGUGGAGUCCGGCAGCACCCAAAGCCCCGGUGGCUCAUCGGGAGCCCCCCGGCCCUCGGGCACAGCACCUGCCGCCCAUGGGUCAUCACCAUCCUCUGAAGAAAGGGGGACUACAGGGUCCUCGGGUCCUGGUUCGGCCACCACUGGACCCAGUGCCGAAGGGUCUGGAACUGCUGGAUCCUCUCCCAGUGGUCUGGGAAUGACUGGCUCUUUUCCUCGAGGAUCCAGGACGUCUGGGCAAUCUGCGGGAGACUCCGGCACCACGAGGUCACCGUCAAAAGUACAAGAGACCACAGGCUCACCAGCUGGGGGGUCUGGCACGACGGGCUCUUCGGGUGCAGGUGCUGGGGCCACUGGGUCGUCCCCCAAACCGCCACGGACAACUGAGUCGUCACCGAGGGAGUCGGCCACAAGCGGACAUUCCUCUCGUGAGACCGGCAAGACUACCCACAGGCAUCACGGCGCAGGUGGGACGGGAGCCACGGCUGAUAGCCGAGAGACAACUGGACAUUCGUCCCGAGAAUCGUCGACAAGUGGCCACUCCGGUGAGGUAUCUGGCACAACAGGACCAUCUGGUGUAGGGACCCGCACCACCCGGACACACGGUGGAAGUCCAGGCGCAACAGGUGCAUCUGGCGUGGAGUCCGGCAACACCCAAGGCCCCGUUGCUGCAUCGGGAGCCCCCCGGCCCUCGGGCACAGCACCUGGCGCCCAUGGGUCAUCAUCCUCCGAAGAAAGCGGGACAACGGGGUCCUCGGGUCCUGCGUCGGCCACCACUGGACCCGGUGCCGAAGGGUCUGGAACUGCUGGAUCCUCUCCCAAUGGUCCGGGAACGACUGGGUCUUCUCCGAGCGGGUCCAGGACGACUGGGCCAUCUGCGGGAGGCUCCGGCACCACGAGGUCACCGUCAAAAGGACCGGAGACCACGGGCUCACCCGCUGGGGGGUCUGGCACGACGGGCGCUUCGGGUGCAGGUUCUGGGGCCACUGGGUCGUCCCCCAAACCGCCACGGACAACUGAGUCAUCACCGAGUGAGUCGGCCACAAGUGGACAUUCCUCUCGUGAGACCGGCAAGACUACCCACAGGCAUCACGGCGCAGGUGGGACGGGAGCCACGGCUGAUAGCCGAGAGACAACUGGACAUUCGUCCCGAGAAUCGUCGUCAAGUGGCCACUCCGGUGAGGGCUCUGGCACAACAGGACCAUCUGGUGUAGGGACCCGCACUACCCGGACACACGGUGGAAGUCCAGGCGCAACGGGUGCAUCUGGCGUGGAGUCCGGCAGCACCCAAGGCCCUGGUGGCGCAUCGGGAGCCCCCUGGCCCUCGGGUACAGCACCUGGUGCCCCUGGGUCAUCACCAUCCUCUGAAGAAAGCCGGACAACAGGGCACUCGGUUUCCGGUUCCGCCACCACUGCACCAGGUGCCGAGGGGUCUGGAACUGCUGGAUCCUCACCCAAUGGUCCGGAAACGACUGGCUCUUCGCCGAGCGGAUCGUGGGCAAGUGGGCCAUCAGCUGCACCCUCAGACUCCUCCAUUGAUUUUUCAAAUGUGAUAACCACCUCUUCUUGGUCUUCUAUUGGGGAGCUUGAAAACAUGGUAACCUUGUCUGCAGUGACAACUGAAGCACCCAAUGGAGAAGCCUCAGUAGCAGGUCAGCGCACAGCCAGCUUCACCACACCUGUAAUGUCAGGCUCAGAGAGCGGAGUCCCUCCAGAUCUCAUUGUCGAGCCAUCAAGACAGCCUGAGGUAACAGAAACCCCCGGAGAAGCAACGGAAAACCAAGGACACACGACGGGCUGCCCCACGCCCCUGCCGCCACCUCCAGUGUGCCACGGCCCCCUGGGAGAGGAGAAAUCGCCUGGAGACACCUGGACAGUCAGCUGCCACAGGUGCACCUGCUCUAAGGCCCGGUCUGUGGCCUGCAGGCCACUGGAGUGCCUGCCCCUGCCCACCUGUGGGCCUGGCGAGAGGCUGGUGACGUUCAAGGCCAAUGAAACCUGCUGUGAGAUCGGCCACUGUGAGCCGAGAACAUGCCUGUUCAACAAUGUUGACUAUGAGGUCGGCGCCUCCUUCGAGGACCCCAGCAAUCCCUGCGUCUCCUAUGCCUGCCAGGACACGGGCCUCUCAGCGCGGGUGCAGACCUGCCCCAAGCAGAUGUGGUGUGCAGAGGAAGACAGAGUCUAUGAUUCAAACAAAUGCUGCUACACAUGCAAGCCGAGCUGUAGGGCUGCCCCGGUGAACGUGACCGUGCAGUUCGGAGGCUGCAGGAGGCGGGUGGAGAUGGCGCUGUGCAAAGGAGACUGCCGGAGGACCCCACGGUACAAUUAUGACAUGUUCCAGUUAGAAAAUUCGUGCCACUGCUGCCAGGCUGAGGCCUACGAGCUGAGAGACAUCGCUUUGGACUGUCCAGACGGCAGCACCAAGGCCUACACAUACAGGCACGUCACGGGCUGCUCCUGCAGGGACCCGUGCCAGGCGGCCCUCGCCCAGCAGGCCCUGGCCCCGCCGGCCCUGGCCUCUGGCAGGUCGCGGUGACCCGCAGCUGUGGGCGGCGGCUAGUCAUUUCCUGAGCGAGCAAGCCCGACGCUGGAGAGUGACAACAGCGAUCCCUUCGGCGCCGAGAGUGACUCUCACGAUGCUGUAUUUCCCUCGGUGACUGGAUCUGAAAAUAAAGAGUGUGGCAGCAGCGGGGCCUCCGU